UAUGUUAAACUAGAUUUCUUUCAAUUGAUUAGAUUCAAGAAUGAACUAGUUAUCCUUUAAAAAGAAAAAAAGAAUUAGUUGCUUUGCGCGGCAGUCGGUAUGAGUUAUGACUUAAAUCUGACGAAGCUUUCCGGUAUCUGUAGAAACUAGAAACCGAAACCAGUAAUAGAGAAUGGUUCCGAAAAGGAAAAAAGAAAACCAGUAAUAGAGAUAAGUAGGCUCAGAUCUUUCGUCGACCCAAUACAGCGUCUUCUCCUUAAAAUUACUUAACUUUCAGCAUUUUAACCUCAAAUCGCUUUCAGAUGCUUCACUUCUCAGGUUAGUCAUCAAUUUUAUUUCGUUUUUAUUUAGCUUUGCCACGAUUUAUAUGAUCCUUUUUAGCCUCAAAGAACACAGCGCUGACUGCGAUGCUCUCUCCUCUAACACUUUCAAAGAGAAUUUCCAGAUGGGUCAAUCUAAACUCAGCUCUUUUUUCAGUUUCUUGCACUAGUAGCAUCCAAAUUAACCCAGAAAUUGAUCAAAGCAUAUUGAACACCACUGAUUUUGAUGCAAAGAUUCAUAUUUUAAGGAAUAAGCUCUACCCAGAUAGCUUAAUCAAGGUUUUGCAAAGUACUAGCGAUAUAAACUCUGCUGUUAAGAUAUUCAAAUGGGCUUCCCUUCAAAAACGUUUUAAUCAUACUUCAGAUACAUAUUUUUGGAUAAUUUUGAAGUUGGGUCUUGCUGGUAACCUAAAGGAAAUGGAGGGGUUUUGUCAGAAUUGGGUCAAGGAUGGGUGCUCGGGCGUAGAACAUGCUGUUUUUUCACUGAUUGCAUCAUUUGUUAGACAUCAUAGGCUAAAUGAAGCGAUAUGCAUUCUUGUUAACUUGUGUUUAGGUGGUUAUAAGCCUUCCAUCAAUGUAUUUAAUAUGAUUUUGGGAGCGCUUGUAGAAGACAAGAAAGGGUUUAAAGAAGUGGUGUUUGUUUAUAAGGAGAUGGUGAAAGCAGGAGUGGCGCCUACAAUUGAUACUUUGAAUCAUCUGAUGGAGGUCUUGUUUGAUACUGGAAGGGUUGAUUCUGCUUUGGAUCAGUAUAGGAGAAUGAACAAGAAAGGGUGUAGUCGUAAUAGUAGGACUUUUCAGAUAGUUAUAAAAGGUCUAAUUGUGAAUAAUCAAGUUGAUGAAUCCAUUGCAAUUUUGCAUGAGAUGCUAAAUAUUGGGUGCCUGCCAGAGUUGAGUUUUUAUACAUGUAUAAUACCUGAGCUUUGCAGGGAACAUAAAUCAGAAGAGGCAAUUAGGUUGUUUAGGAUGAUGCGGGCCUCUAAAUUUGUUCCAAAUUCAGUUAUUUAUGGUGCUUUGAUACAAUGUUUUUGUAAGAACCUUCAGUUAGAUGAUGCAGUAAACCUUCUUGAGGAGAUGGUGGAAAGUUGUUUGACACCAGAUAAUGAUGUUGUUAUUGAUGUUGUAAUUGCUUUUUGUAGAUUAGGAAAGACCAAUGAAGCUGCAAAAUUCUUGGAAGAUAUAAAUGUCCUCGAAACUUCUCCAUACAAUACAUUGCUUGGAGCCUGUUGUGAUGCAGGUAAAUUUAUUGAGGCUAAAGGUCUACUUGAGAAGAUGUCUGAGAGAAGUCUAGCUGAUUGUGAUUCUUGGAAUAUUCUAAUCAGAUGUCUCUGUGAGAAGGCAGCAAUUAGGAAGGCAAGUGAACUUCUUGGGAGAAUGAUUAUAUCUUCAUUGGUUCCUAAUAGAGCCACAUACUCGGCUCUUGUUCUUGGUCACUGUAGGUUAAACAAGUGUGAGGAUGCUCUACAACUUUUCCUGCAACUCUGUACCAAAUGCUGGAUUCUGGAUUAUGUUUCUUACUCUGAGCUAAUUGAAGGCCUUUGUGAGGCAGGAAAGCAUCUAGAGGCUACCGAAGUGUUUCACUACAUGUUUAUGAAUGGAUGCUUGCCUCAGUAUCUCUCAUUUAGCAAACUGAUCAAGGGUAUUUGUGAGAAGGGAAUGGUUGAUAAAGCAGUAAAACUGCAGCAGAUGGCUCAUGACUUUGGUAUGUGUUGUGCUAAUGCCACGUAUAAUUCUAUUAUGCUUGGUUUGUCUAAAUCAGACAAGGGAAGAAAUGUUUUAGUGUUUCUCUCACAAAUGCUGGUUAAGGGCUGCAAUGUUGAUGCAGAAGCAUAUUGCAUUCUCAUAAAAAGCAUGAUUGCACAAGAUCAAGAAAAGGAUUCUGCUUUAUUUUUUAAUGCUAUGGUGAAUGAGGGUUUGAAACCUGAUUCUGAUACACUGCAUAAGUUGUUGUCAUAUUUGGCCAACCGGUCUCGGCUGUACUUGAUUUUAGCUACAAUUGACAAACUUAUUCUUAAUUCUGAAGUUCUAGAUUCAGGCAUGUACAACAUAUUGGUUUAUGGUUUCUGGAAAGAGCGCCUCAAGAAUGAGGGGCGUCGAUUAUUAGAUUUUAUGUUAGAGAAGGGUUGGGUCCCAGAUGCUGCUACUCAUAGAUUGUUGAUGGGAUCUGUUGAGGGGGAGGAAAGUAAUGAGAAAAUGGCAAUACGUGAAAAAUUCACAAUCAACGAUGGUGUUCUUGACAUACUUGCUGAGGGCUUGAGCGAAACAUAAGUAUCAUGCCCAUUAGGAAGAUACAGUUUGAUAACUACCACUUGAUUUCUUAAUGAUAGAUCAUCUUGAAUUUUCCAUCACUUUUUUGUUCAUUCUUUUUUGUGGUUGUCAUGAGCAGUUUGUGUAUAGAAUAGAUGUAAUAAUUUAGUUAAUUUGGGCUGACUAUUACUCGCACAAUUCUUCUAUUAUCA